AGGAGCGGCUCCUCCCCCAGAGGGGAUCCUCACCCCGCCCGUGUCCCCCCAGUGCUGAACCUGACCCUGAUCGACCUGCCGGGGAUCACCAAGGUGCCCGUGGGGGAUCAGCCGCAGGACAUCGAGUUCCAGAUCCGGGACAUGAUCCUGCAGUUCAUCAGCCGCGAGAGCAGCCUCAUCCUGGCCGUCACGCCGGCCAACAUGGACCUGGCCAACUCGGACGCGCUCAAGAUGGCCAAGGAGGUGGAUCCGCAGGGUAAAGGGAUGGGGGUGGCCCCGGGAGGGGCUUCUCUGCCUUCCUCGUCCUCUUCCUCCCCCCCCUG